AUGUGUACGUUAUCGAAGAUGAAAAUUAUCCUCCUUCUUUUGUAUAUACCAAGCAUGGUGAUUAUUUUAUCGUCCGCUUCAGAGACCAUGCCUGCUUUAAGUGGGUACUUUAAGAAAUAUAAAACAAAAACCAAAGGGAAGAGCUGUGCAGAAAGCACCACUUUACAUGCCCAAGAAUUCAUGGAUAUGCAAGAAGAAUGGAAAGAGGAUCAGUGGGAUGAUUUUAUGAAGGAAACAGAAGAAGAUUGGGAAAAGUUCAAAACGACAAUGGACAGUCUGAUUACUUCAUGGUUUAAAAAAAAACAUAUGGAAUGGGAAGCAUGGCUAAAAGCAAUGAAAAAUAGAUGGGCAUAUUUCAACAAAAAUAUGGAUGAAGCUGUACUUAAUGUCAUAAAAAAUACACUAAAGUGGACAGAUUACCAAUGGCAAAAAUGGAUUAUAUUAAUGAAAAGUAAAUCGAUGGAACCCGUUGAAACUUCGGGAGAUGAAUAUAUACUUGAUGUUUUCAGACUAAAUACCAGUUGGACAACGGCGCAAUGGAAAGAGUGGAUUCAGACACUAAUGAGAGAAUCUAUGGAAAAGGAUUGGGAAUAUUGGGUUGAAGAAGAUCAAUACAAAUUAGAUAAUUGGAUGAUGGAAAAUUUUGAUAAAUGGAAAAAUAGAAGAAUGAAGGUAUGGAAAGGGAAACAGUGGAAAACUGAAGAAACCGAAUAUUGGACUAAUUGGGAAGACAAUAAAUCAAAGCGUAAAUCGAAAAAACAGAAUGAAAGAGCAAAUUGGAGUCUAUGGAAAGAGAGAACAGAAAGAGAACAGAACGAAUGGGACACGUAUACCGAAAUGAAAAAAGAGGAAUUUUUUAAUAAAGAUGUCGAGCAAUGGAUAAAAUGGAAAUCUGAAAGGACCGAAAUGUUUCACGAGUGGAAGGAAAAUUUACUUGCCAAAUGGAUAAAGGAAAAGGAAUGGCAUGUGUGGACUUAUAAGCGCAAAGAUGUAUUUAGAAGAAAAUUAUACUAA